CUUUGACCUACCUGGUUCAGGAAGAGACAGCGGAAGGGAGCCUGGUAGGAUUUGGGAUGUUUUGUUGCUGAACAGAUCGUGAAAAUGUCAGACACGUUGAAGAUAGCAACCCCUGAGGAUGAAACCCCUCGGCUUGACUUGUCACCUGGGAUGUCUGACGGUGGCCGGUGGAUUGACAUCCGUAUGUGUGGAUGUUGUGGGGCCCUGCGGCCUCGCUACAAGAAACUGGUAGAUGCCAUCUUUCCUGAGGAUCCACAGGAUGGCCUGGUGAAGACCAACAUGGACAAGUUGACCUUCUACACCAUCCGUGCGCCAGAGAAGCUGGACCGUGUGGGGGAGUACCUGGCACAGAGGCUCAGUAGGGACGUGUCACGCAACAGGAAAGGGUAUGUGGUGAUAGCGAUGGAGGCACUAGACCAACUGCUGCUGGCCUGCCAUGCACAAAGUAUCAACCUGUUUGUAGAGAGCUUCCUGAAGAUGGUGUCCAAACUGCUGGAAUCCCGGGAUCCUGACCUACAGAUUCUUGGCUCUACUUCUUUUGUGAAGUUCACCAAUAUAGAGGAGGACACACCAUCAUACCAUCGUCGAUAUGACUUCUUUGUGUCCAAGUUCAGUGCCAUGGCCCACAGCAACAACCAGGCCCCUGAUGUCAGAAUUAAGGUUCGAGUUGCAGGAUUGAGAGGAUUACAGGGGGUAGUGAAGAAGACGUCUAGUGAUGAGUUACAGGUGAAUAUAUGGGAUAAAGUGCAUAUGGACAAGAUAGUCCCUUCCCUUCUCUACAACAUGCAUGAGGAGGACAGCCCGUCGCCCUCCCCGUCGGAUGACACGCAGCAUGCCAGUCAGCUGCAGGACACCACCCGCCCCACCACGGUGGCAGAGACCUGUCUCAGGGACCUGGUCUGUCGCGCCGCCUUCGGCUGCAUCAAAUCUGUCCUCAAACCUGCACUCAGUCACCUUGACAACCACCAGCUGUGGGUUCCUAACCGCUUCGCUGUGAAGUGUUUCAAGAUCAUCAUGUAUUCCAUGCAGUCGCAAUACUCCCACGUGGCUAUCCAGUCGCUGCUAAGUCACCUUGACGACCACACGAGAGACUCCGCCCGUAUCAAGGCCAGUAUUGUUGGGGUGCUGAGGGAGACGGUGUCGAUAGCAGCAGCAGGAUCUAUAGGACCUUCAGUGCUAGAGGUGUUCAACACAUUACUACGUCAUCUACGCCUGUCCAUCGACUACCAGCUGACGGGGAGGCGGGGCUCACAGGGAAGCAUCCACAAACAGCCAAUCAACGAGGAGGAGGAGAAACUGUUCCAGGAGGCCAUCAUUACUACUGUUGGUGCAUUUGCCACUAUUUUGCCAGACUACCAAAAGAUCGAGAUCAUGAUGUUCAUCAUGGGGAAAGUUCCAAUCCCUCCACAGAAUGGAGACAGCAACUUGCUCUCAGCUACAGGGGUCCAAGGACUGAUUUACUUCCAGAACCUGAGACCUAACUUCUCUCAGGAGGAGGGGAAUCUACUGCUGCAGAAUAUGCUGUUAAAGAGCUUGCACCAGGUUGCCCUGGCCUACACGUCCGUCUCCAUGACGACCACCUUCACCUCCACAGCAUUCUUGGAUCCCUUACUGAGAGUCUCCCUGGUGGCCGACGCCCAUGUCCGCCUGAUCGUUCAGCAGAUUCUCCACACCCUCAUUGAUCGCCAUGGCAACUGUGAGAAGUUACAGGAGAUCAGAAUACCCAAGUAUAUCAAUGACCUUGAUCUGAAGGUUGAGAAGUGUUCCAGACAAGACUUGGCCUUCAUGAGAAAACACGGCCCCCAGUUCUACUCCAUGCUGUAUGAGAACCUGCUGCAGCACGACAACAGUGAUGAGAACUUCCACGCCAUCUACUGCACCAUGGCCCUGCUGUGUGUGGAGAUGGGAGGGGAGGAUGUACUGGUGGAGCUGCUCAGGCUCACACUGGGGCUGCAGGAAAUUGCCUGCAAGCCACAAGAGGAAAACGACCUCUCAACUCCGCACAUCUGCAAGCUCCAUGCUGUCCUUGCUGCAUACUUGAACCUGAUCAGUCAACUAACCGCCAUCCCUGCCCUGUGUCAGCAUGUCACCCAGGUUUUGGAAACCAGGAAGCAGGAGGCACCUUACUUUCUACCUGAAACUGCCUUCUUGGAGGGAAACAGUCUGGACCAGGUGACAUUGCCAGACACAGUGGACACCAGCUUGUUGUUCCACCAGAAUGCCAUCAAUGAAGCCAUGGCCAGCAGUGGGCACGAAGUCUCCAGACUCUCACAGCCAUUCGUUCCUCUUAGAUCAGAUUUCCCAUCUCAAAGCAGAUACAGUAUGGAUGUCCAGUCUAUCAACAUCGAACUGGACCAGGUGGACACCCCUGGCAGGGACCGGACAAGUUUCCGUGCAUGUAGUCUUGUGAAACACCCAGGGGAGGAAAUCACCUUUGAAACUUUGAAGAAAACCUUAACUGAGAAGACACCAGAUGCAGAAGAUGAUGAAGCAAGAAGAAGGGAAGUGGUUGAAAAGUUCCAGAAUGCACCGUUUGAAGAGAUAGCAGCCCAUUCUGAGGCCAGGUCCCAGCAGCUGAACAACAAGCUGAAUGAGAUCAUGGACAUGGUGUCAAAGCCAUCCGUGGAUGCCUCAGGCAGAGUUGUGUCACUGUCAGGACCCUUCCAAGUCAAGUCUGUUCCUGUCUAUGAGAUGCAGUUCCCUGACUUGUGUGUGUACUAAAAUCCCAUCACUUAUCCACCUUGCCACUCUUUGACACAAAUGGACUGAUCCUCAGUGUGACAAGUUAUUGUUAUGUGUGGACUGUACCACUAUGUAUGAGAUAGUGUAAAACCUGUUUUCUUGUCAGAAAUGUUGUUCUUUUCUGACAUUACUUAAAUUAAGUGAUCUGUCUUGUUACUUUACCUUGAAA